GGAAGAAUCGGAAAAAUGUCCCACAUACGUCAGAAGGAACUUAUGGAGACAAAGUGGCGAAGUCUGGAAAUUUCUGCUUUUUUUCAUGCGCCCGUCAGUCAAGCCCGCCCAGCAGCGGCACCGAUAUAUCGAGGAAAACUUCGAUCACAAGCGAAAGGAUCGAUUGAACUUGGAGCUGCUGGUUUUGGUUGCCAGAAAGCCAAAGCAAAACAUUGGUAUGGUGUGCGACGAUGUGGGAAUAUGAUGAUGAUGGGUGAUCAGUAUCGCAAAAUGGAGCAAUAUUCACCGAAAUCUUCUCCAAGAGGCGCGCGGUCUCCAGUUGUGUCACGUCAAGAUUCCACUGGAACGUUAAAAACGACUAUUUCGCUCGGGAAAAACCCGUCUAUAGUCCACCAUGGACCAUUUUAUUUGAUGAAAGAGCCUCCAGCUGAAAGUGAGUUAACUGGUGCUACAAAUUUGAUGGCAUAUUAUGGAUUAGAACAUUCAUACAGUAAAUUUAGUGGAAAGAAGGUUAAAGAACAACUUUCUUCAUUUUUACCUAAUCUUCCUGGCAUCAUAGACAGUCCAGGACACUCAGAUAAUAGUUCUCUAAGGUCUGUCAUUGAUAAACCACCAAUAGGAGGAAAGGAGCUAUUACCCCUUACUAGUGUCCAAUUAGCUGGUUUUCGUCUUCAUCCUGGCCCUCUACCUGAACAAUAUCGGUAUGUUAAUCAAACCCCUCAGAAGAAGCAUAAGAACAAACAUAAGAAGCAUAAACACAAAGCUGGAGAGUCAGCAAGUGGAGGUGAAGUUGCUGGCUCUACUGACAUAGGAACCGAUGCCCAUGAGAAGAAACACAAGAAACAGAAAAGACAUGAUGAUGACAAGGAAAGAAAAAAGAGAAAAAAAGAAAAGAAGAGAAAGAAGCAAAAGCACAGUCCAGAACACACUAGUGGUGGUUUAACACCCAGUCAUCAUUCCAAUCAAUGAAUUUGCUUUUGUUGAGAAUUGUUUUAUAAUCCUAUUUUUAUCCUGUUCUUUUUUGUUUUGGAACAAAAGAAUCUAUGUUCUCUGGAAACUGAGAAUUUCUCUACCUAAGUGAAAUGGAUAUGGAAUAGUGACCUUACUGUGAUGCUCUCAAACACUCCUAAUGUGGAAUAGAAUAUUAUAAAGUUGAAGCGAGUUCCAACAGUGCCCUUCCCAUUUUAUGCUUAAUAUCGCCUACUUGUCAUCUCAUCAUUCGUAUUUUCUAUUUCUUCCUGUUUCUUUGUUAUUCAGUCAGUUUUGUUUCUUUUUAUUUAUGCCUGGUAGUGAUUUUGUUCAAGCGUGAAGUUAUUCACAGUUAACUUCACGGUUCAAGUUACCUUAUAGUAUCAUUGUUGAGUUAUACCUUGGUGAAAUUGUGUGACUUUGUUUUCUGCAAUGUUCUCUAAUAAAAGUGUUUCAUAUCUGCUUUUUAUGUAGUUACAAAAUUUAUUCUGGAAGUCUGAUAACAAAUUGUAUUUUGCAGAAUAAUUUUGUAAAGGACCAGUUUCUAUGUUAUGUCUAGGACCUUUUUUUCUCUCAAACUGGACUUGUUUUUAUUUAGUUCACUAUUAUGAAGGUUUGUUAUGUUGGUGGGGGAAGUAGUUGUGACUUAGUGUCAGUUAAGUCAUUGAAGUUGAAGGCACCCUGCUAUUUGUUUUGAGUUUGAGCUUCACCGAGAUUAUCAAGCUGGUUACGGUCUAUCAGCUUACCAAAAAUAAACGACAGGGCGCUUUCAGCUUUACAGGCUUCACCGAGAAUAAAUCAGUCAUUAAGUUCUUUGGAAAAUUUGACCAUGAAUGAGAAGACUUUAGAUUGUAUUUGUACCUGUAUUUUUAGGCAAAUGAAAGUUGUGAUUAUAAUAAACCAGCAUUGUUUCAGAGUACAA